UUUCAUUCCCCAUUUGGAGUAGAAAAAUGUCCUUUGCAUAAGAACCGAGUGGAUAAACAUAGAAAUUAUUAACCCUUUUUCCCCUUUAUCUCUUCGACCCAAAUUCCGAUCUACAAUCAGUUUUUCUGUUUUUUUCAUAUUUAAUCAAUCGAAUAAAAUUCUCGAUGUAUUAACUAAUCUCUGAUUAUCAAAUUUGUGGAUCGAGAUCGAACGAAGCUUGAUCAAUCUAUUCCCUUUUUACGUUCAAGUUUGUAGGUCAUUUGGUUGGGGUAAAACAUGUCUCAUCAACAAGAGGAUGAUGCUGAUUACAUGGCAAAUGAGUAUGACAUGGAAGCUAUAGAUGAUGAUAUGGAUGACGAGUUCCAUGGCCGAGAUAUUGGUGGCUCGGAUUCAGAUGCAGAUGAGUAUGACUACACGAAUAAUAAAAUGCAAGAUACCUCUGCUGCUGAGGCAAGGAGAGGUAGAGACAUUCAAGGGAUUCCCUGGGAAAGACUUAGCAUAACCAGGGAGAAAUACAGACAAACGAGAUUAGAGCAGUAUAAAAACUAUGAAAAUAUUCCGCAAUCUGGGGAAGCGUCAGAGAAGGACUGCAAAGCCACAAAGAAAGAGGCUUCAUACUAUGACUUCAGACGUAAUUCAAGAUCUGUUAAAUCCACAAUUUUACACUUCCAGCUGAGGAAUUUGGUUUGGGCAACCUCCAAGCAUGACGUGUACCUUAUGUCACAUUUUUCCGUCAUCCAUUGGUCAUCCUUGACCUGCAGCAAAAAUGAAGUUCUGAAUGUAUCUGGACAUGUAGCACCAUGUGAGAAGCAUCCUGGGAGCCUUUUGGAAGGAUUUACGCAGACUCAAGUCAGCACUCUUACAGUGAAAGACAAGUUGCUGGUUGCUGGGGGAUUUCAAGGAGAACUAAUUUGCAAGUAUUUAGACAGGCCUGGAGUUUGCUUCUGUUCCAGGACAACAUACGACGACAAUGCUAUUACUAAUGCUGUUGAGAUUUAUAACACCGCAAGUGGUGCUCUUCAUUUCAUAGCUUCGAAUAAUGAUUCUGGAGUCAGAGAUUUUGAUAUGGAGAAAUUUCAACUGUCCAAGCAUUUCCGUUUUCCAUGGCCUGUGAAUCAUGCAUCACUGAGCCCUGAUGGUAAGCUUAUUGCAAUAGUUGGGGACAAUCCUGAAGGGUUAUUGGUCGAUUCCAGGAAUGCAAAGGUUGUUUCACCUUUGAGCGGGCAUAUUGACUACUCAUUUGCAUCAGCAUGGCAUCCUGAUGGCCUAACUUUUGCAACUGGCAACCAGGAUAAAACCUGCAGAGUAUGGGAUAUACGGAACCUGUCCAAAUCAGUUGUUGCUCUGAAGGGUAACCUUGGAGCUAUUCGGUCAAUCCGCUACACCUCUGAUGGAAGAUUCAUGGCCAUGGCAGAACCUGCAGAUUUCGUUCACGUUUUUGAUGUAAAAAGUGGGUACGAGCAGGAGCAAGAAAUUGAUUUCUUUGGUGAGAUAUCAGGUCUUUCUUUUAGUCCUGAUACAGAGUCCCUUUUCGUUGGAGUCUGGGAUCGCACAUAUGGUAGCCUUCUUGAGUUUGGACGGCGGCACAACUACUCAUACCUUGAUACAAUUAUCUGAGCGCUUCUGCAUGCUGCUUUGGGUAUGUUUACUUGGCUUGAAGUGGCACUGGCUUAACUUUGUAAACCAGUAGCAUAGUCAGGAGUUAGUAGUGGACUUGGCUGUAAAUUUGUUAUGUUGUGCAAUUUACGUUUGUCACAUAAAUUGUUGUGCACCAAGUAUCAGAAGAUGUAGAAUGGAGGAAUGUAUAAAAGAGGAGAGACUUCAGUGAUGUGAACAAGAAAAAAGAGUGUUGUUUCCAUAAGGCAUGAGCCAGAAACUUGAUCUUGUUUUGUGGGUGGGGGUGGGGAGGGGGAGGGGGAGGUGCUGUUCAUCAUGUAUUGGGACUUUAAAUUCAAUACUGAAGGUUGACUCAAUGAUUUGCAUUUGUCGACAAAUCAAUUGAUUUA